GUAGCGCGAGAGAGAGAAAGCAACAAACUCCCGAGUGUAGCAGAGCUCGCUCGAGUCGAGAGCGCGGAGAACACCGAGUCAGCGACACGCCGCUCGUCUGUGCGGGACUGCUGCGCCGCCGCCACCGCUCUCUGCUGUGUGUGCGUCUAUUGUAUAUAUUACGCGCUUCUUCCUCUCGAGCGAAGGAUUAUGUGUAUCGCGUAGUAUAGUACGCGUAGUAGUGAGAACCAGGUGCUACCAAAGAGUGCGCGCGCUUGAAAAAUUUCCCGCGAGUCCUGCAAGUGCUGCUGGCGACGCAGGCGCAGUGUUACACGCAACCGCUUUUCGCAUGUCUCGCGAUAAGCGAACGAGAGGAGAAGAGCGCGAUAGUAUCGGAGAUGCAGCGGUGCAGCCAUCCGCAGUGCGCGAUGCUGACGCGACAGCCGCCGCGUAGACGAGAACGAUGAGGACCGCCGGCGUGGCUCCUGCUUCUUCUUCUUCUACUACUUCUCGCAGUCAACUGGCACUACUACACAGGUGCGGUACAGCGAUCGGAUUGUGACAAUCCGAGUAGGAUACGUAUACAGCAGCGGAGUGCAAGCAACAGUGUGUGAAAGCAAACCUAACUCGUGCGCCGCGUAUAGCCGCGUCUAUACGCGCAUGCAGCAGCGGAGGAAAGGAGGGCAUUUAAAGAACCUGGAUCCGGAGGAUCGACGACCGAGAGUGAGAGAGAGAGAGAGAAAGAGAGAAGCCAACGCCGAGUGUGUGAGUGUAUGUAUGUGUUCGUAUUCGUGUGUGCAGCACGAGAUACCUCUCUCUCUCUCUUGCUCACUCGCUCGCUUGCCCUGGGAUAGAGCCUGGAAUGCGCGCUGACAGGAAGAAAGCGCAUGCGGAGCGCAGCAGGUGAUGAGCUCAGCAUCGCCGGAGGAUCCGAAGAGCAUCAGCACAAGCUGCCUGGACAACACAGCCAUGGGUCCAGAGAUGGACCUGGCGAACCGACCGAGUCCCUGGCUUCCGGCCUACGGUUUCCAGCUUCAACCGCACUAUCAACCCACGCACGAGGAUCUACGCGCUAACGAAACGAUGCUGGUCCAGCAGGUGGACUUUCUGGAGACGAUUCUGGAGGAGACAUCGGACGACUUGCAGAGCGAUUCCGACCGCAGCGGCACCACCUACUGGCUUGGCUCCGACUCGGAAACCGAGAGCGUCAUACACAUAAAGGCUGGACAACGUACGGCAGAGGAAAAGCAGGAUGGCAGCGGGAGCGAGUGCAACUCGGUGGUCCCGAAGAAGCGCCGACGCAAGAACGGCACCGACGCCAACAGCCUGGACCAGCAGAACAACGGCUCUUCGCCGCGUUCGUCCCGCGACUCCUCCGCCUCUUCGCGCUCCAGUUCUCUCCUGCAGUUCGAGUCCCUGGAGCGCACUUGUGCGACCCUCUCGCCGUCCAGCUACAGCUUCGACUCGCUCGAGUACAACAAUAGGGUACAGCUGGCCCAGCAGGGUAUGGCCAACGGAAGCCUCUCCUCGGCCAGGCACGAGGCUUGCGCUUCGCCGGACAGUCUGGAGCAGGACUACGUGGGACACGUGAACGGAUAUCUGCCCGACGUGCAGAGAGAGACGAACGACGGGUUGUUCGGAAGACUGAGGCCUUACCGGAGCUUCGAGAGCCUGGGGGAGAAGGAUCUGAUGCCCAGGGAGCAGCAGCUAGGAGGACUGCUGUCGAACGGGUUCGCGAGUCACGCUUUUGGAAAGAAUUGCGACCUGUCGAGAGUGGCGAGGAGGCCGAGGUCUAGGAGAAGGAGGGAUCCCUGGAAUCUCAACGAUCCGGACGCCUACUCGGACUACGAGGAGGACAACUCGUCGGACAACCUCAGCGACGACAAUCCGAACGACGACGACGACGACUUUGGCCCACCCAGCCGCUACAGCGAAGUGGACCAGCUGCUCGUCUUCGGCGACCCUUCGACCCAGUACCAGCACGCGGCCUCGCUCGACUGCCGCAACAGCGUCGACCUGCGCGAGUUCGGCCUCGACUCCGACGACGAGCUCAAGCGUCGCGAGAUCACCUUCCUUGAACUUAAGGCUGCCACUAGGCUGAAUUUACCCUCGGGACCCGCUAGUACCGACUCGGCCCUUGACGACCUCGAUCUCGACGACAUCGACCCCAGCGUGCAGCUGCGGCGAAGACACCACCAUCACCACCAUCACCAUCAUCAUCACCACCAUCGCGGCAGUGCCGGUAGCGGGAGCGGCGGCACGGCUGGCAACUCGCUGCAGCAGCACUCGAGCAGCGCGGAGUCGCGCCAAAGCGGCGGUGGCGCUGCUGCCAACAGCGCCGUCAGCGGCGGGGCGGCGGGCGGCUUUAAUUUUAGAUUCACGGAUAAGUGGCGCAGCGCACCCAGUCUGCCGGCCAGCCUCUUGGACUCCGCAGCAGUCGCAGCGGCCGCCGCUGCAUCUUCCUCGUCGUUCGCCUCGUCGGCCGCGAGUCUCACGCUCCGCUACGAGAAUUACACGCGCGUGGCCAGUGUCCCCGUGGAUCUAGAUCUUUGCGGUCGCAACAGCCGGAGCCUUGUGCUCGACGAUGCCCUCGACGACGACGUCGCCGUUGCCGAGACCGAGGAGUUUCUGUCGGAGCGAGCUGUGAAUAGACUCAGUUCCGAGGAGAGAACGAUCUGCGAGGACAGAAGCAAGAGUGACAGUGAGAGUAGCAGUGAGGCAACAGAGGAGCAGGAAACAGAAGAGAUGGCGGAGGUGGUAGCGGUGAACCACGACGGCGGCAUGCCGGAGGACGACAUAGAGCCGGGCAAGAUCGUGGGCGAGGAGAAGGCACGCAUGCGAAAGCGCGCCAAGGAGCUCAACUCGUCCGUAAAGACGCAGGACGGCAGCCAGCAGCAGCAGAGCUCGGGUAUCCUCGCGGAGAUGAACUCGGAGACGCCGAGCAAGCUAGACGAGGAGGUGCAAAAUAUGCUGGAGGAGAAGUCUGUGCCGACCUCGACCGUGAAGAUUCAGGACCCAGUCGAGAGUAACGUGCUGGAGAUAGCCAAAGCUAUGGAGAACGACGUGGACGCGGUGGUGGACGAGGCCAUUCGCCAGCUGCAGCGCGAGGUCGAGGAGGCGACGAGUAGCAACAGCGCGAACGUCGAGGAGCUCGCCGCCGCGCUCGAGAACGCACAGCAAAUGAAGGCGAGCAUGCAGGCGCAGCGGCGCCGCGUCAAGAACAACGCGAGCUACGAGCUCGCACAGCAGUACACGGUCGACGAGAACAGCUUUCGACGCAAAAGCAAUCAGCCGGCUUCUAUCUCCGAGGGCAAGGAUGCCGUCUCUCCUUCCAGGCCGCGACGUGUUCUGAAUAACGCCAGCUACGAGCUGGCACAGCAGUGCGACUACAUGAGGAAUCUAUCGUUUAGCAAGCCCUUCUACCGCAUGGACGCCUGCGAGGAGUUGACCGAGCCGUCGUCGGGACGUUCGUCCAGGUUAAAGGUGAGUGACCUCGUGGAGGAGAUGACCGGCUCGGCCUCGAAUCUCGUGAGCGAAGCGCGCCGCGAUUACGUGCCCGACUCCAGGACCUACUCGAAAUCCACCGAGAACGUGUCGGCCUCCAGGCAGCAGCGUCAGCAGAAACGGAAGGACAGCGGCGGCGAGUCGCCAACACUGCUGGACCAGAUAAAAAAAAACUCGGAUUUCUUUUCGACUGGUGGAAGCGACGCUGCUGAGCGACGGCCGUCGCAUCAGGCUCCAGCCGUCGCAACCGCUGCUUUAGACGACGAGGUAGAUUACCCCUGCUUACUGGAGAACAAACCCAUCGUAGCUGCAUCCAUUAUCACGGAGAAGACGACAGCGGAAAAGGACAGCGAUAGCGUGACAGAAACUACGACGACAACGACUAGGACGAGAGAAGAUACACCGCUGAAGAGAUCGUUCAUUGGCGAGUUUUACCCGGACAAGUUGGGUCCCCCGCGAGGCGCGAUAGUGUCAAAGAGUUGCGAAGACGUGACGAGUUCGCCGGGCGAUAGACUCUGGAGGGUGGUGGUGGAGACGCAGGCGGCCGCGGAGAAGGAGAGCAGCGCCGGCACUAACGAAGCGCAAGCAGCGCGACGGCGAGCAGCAACAGCAGCGGCGGCAACUCCCCCACUACUCGACACGGCGGAAUCGGCGGCGAGCAGCGGCGCCGGUGUUGGUAGCGACGACGGCAGCAGUAGUUCUCCAGCGGCCGAGCGCGACAACGCCGACGAGACGACGAUACGGCAGAGCGGACUUAGCGGUAGCGACGAGGUGCUAGUAGAAGAAGCCAGCACGGUGCAGCCGAGGGCAGCGGAGAUGUCGGCCACGGCGGCCAAGAGGCUCGCCAUGUCCGGCGAGCCGACGACCGUCCGGAGCAACAGCAUGACCAGCAUCAACAACAAUACUACGAUGCCGACGAGCCCCAAGGAGGAGAGAAAGAAGGGCGGUCUCGGAGGAUUCCUGCAGAGGUUCUCCAAGCUGCGAUUCAGUGGUCGCUCGAAAGUGCCGCGUUCCGAGGUGCAGAAAAAGAGUGGUGCUGGUGUGAUGGGUGGUGCUGGUGCGGGUGAUCAUAGUGCGCAGCGCGUGCAACAGGCGGCCCCCGGCCGGAGGAAGAAAGAGCCCGAUUACAUUAUCAUACCGCUGCAUGCGCCCGAUGAGGAGAAUAAUAGGGAGGAUGGACAGGAGCAACAAAUGCAACAACAGCAGCAGCAACCUGGCGAGAUGAGGAGGCCGGAUGUCGAAAGGAGCGCUUCGAACGUUAGCGCGAACGGGAGGCCGCCAGUGUGCAUCAGCAGCAAGAAGCCACCCUUACCACCGCAGGCGGCGAGAGGCGGUGGCGGCGCCACCGGCGCCUCAUCCACGGGCGUAGGCGUCGUCCCCCCGGCGGCAGCCCCGUCAGCCCCGUCGCGCAGACGCGCCGCCACGGACCUUGGCAACCCGGCGGCCAUCGAGAUGGCGAAGGCGCGCGCCGCGAUGCUCGCCAGCCAGGAUCACCCGCAACAGCAGCCGCAGCGCUACUACCAGCAGCAUCAGCAGCGGCCCGCCGGCCUGCUCGAGACGGACCUCGACGCGCCCGUCGACCCCGAGGAGGCGGCCGCCGCCAGCAAGAAGGCUCGCAGCCUCCUCAAUCUCAAUCACAACGGCAACCUCCACCUGCACCACCAGCAGCAUCACCACCUGCACCACCACCACCAGGCGCCGGCUCUCUCGCUCUCGAUCGCCGGGAGCGAGCAGGUCGACGACUGCGACUGCGGCGAGUACGACGAGCACGAUGUGACCGCCAACGGCUGCUGCGGCCCCCAGCAAGCGGCCCUCAACAAGCAUCUCAAUCACCAUCACCACCACCACCAUAGGGCUAAGCAGGCCAGCGAGGCGGCCGCUGGACACCACCAGCGACCACACAAAUCCAUGGAGUUCCUCCUCGACAAGGAGAAUCUGCACUUCGUCAAGGUGAGUUACCCGGAACGCACGACGUCCGCUCAAAAUCUCCACGCCCACCCGCCGGAGAACGAGCUGCAGAAGGUGGGCGAGCGCGUGCCGUCGGAGCACGAGCUCAGGGUGCAGCGUUCGCUGCAGCGGCUGAACGUACCGGACUGGUACAAGAAUUCGCCGGCGGCGCGCGAGGGCGGCGGCGGUUUCCGGCUCAAGAGGCACUCGGACGCUUCGCAACACGGCGGAUGGCGCGCCCUCGGCUCCAAGACCACCUCCCUUUCGUCGCUCUCAUCGUCUUCCAAUCGACAGCCGACCACAGGUAUAGAGACACGUACCCUGCUGAGCCCGAGCCCGACGCCGCCGGUCUUCUCGAGAUGGAGCACGAGCCUGCUGAACAGCGCCGGAAGCUCACCUGCGAGCUCCGCGCGUUCCUCCUUCAAUCAUCGGCAGCCCUACCUCGGCUGGCGCUCGCAAGAGCGUCUCACAAAUCCGCGCACGCCCGCCGAACGACUCGCCCAGGGCAUCCUACCUCAGCUGCAAAACGCAAACAAGCAACAGCAGCAGCAGUCACCGCAGCUGCACUCGCCGCACCAGCCACAAACGGUCGGUUCGCAGCUGCAACAGCAGGGCUCGCAGCCGGGCGCGACAACGAACCAGGAGGUGAGGAACUCGAUAAAGGAGGUGACAUCGGCGAUAGUGCACUACGUGCAGAGCGGCCAAGAGGUGGUGGGCGGCGGUGGUGGUCGUCUGUCUCCAAGACCCGACAACUGGGACGGCGACAGAGCCGGCGCGAGGUCCACCAGCCCUCGAGGAAGUCGAUUGGUCUGGAUGGAGAGCUCGUUCGUGGGCGUGCGCCCGGUCGAGUCACCCGACAGUCCGGCUCUUCCCCAGUCAACCAGCAGCACGACGACGAUCCAGCCGACAGCGCAAAGCCAUCUGCAGAGAAGCUCCUUCUCGUACGUGCCAGCCUCGCCGUCGCGCUCCUCGGUCCACGACGUCACGCUCACCACGACGACGGCCACAUCGCUGACGCUGACGAGCUUUCGGUCCGGAGCUGCUACCGGCGGUGAGACCAGCGAGGAGGGUGGCUCGACGCCCGGGGUCUGCUGCCCCUUCGACGACGCGGGCAGUGGCAGCUUUCUCAGCUUGAGCGGCGGCUCGACCAGCGACGUCCAUCAGCAACAGCAGAACAGCAGCCUCUUCCUCGAGCUGGCGCAGUCGCCCCGCGCGGAGGAGACCGCGACGAACAUUCUCCCCCACGAUCACCGGCACAGACAGCGCAGGCACCGCAGACCCACUGGCGGCGGUGGCAGCGAUCAGGAGUCGCGCAGGGAGUCGCCCUCGCCGACACUCCAGCAAGACAAGCAGCACCAUCAGAGCCGACACCGACACCGGCAGCCCGAGCCCACCGAAGACCAGCAACGCAGACAGCAGUCGCAGCAGCAACACCAGCGUGACGUUUGUUUUUUAAUCUGUCCACUAUCUAUCGAUUGGCUGCUGCUCGCACUGCUUGUGCUUGUCAUGGGUUGGCUAAAGUGGAAAACCGUUGAAUUCAUUGGUCUGUUAUCUUUUACUGUACAGCGAUUCGUGGAUUAUACAUACUUUAUUUUAUUUUGAUGUGGUUUCUUGCAACCGUCGAUGACGAAAUUUUUGUGAAAACUCUUGGCGAACGCGAGCCAGUUCUGUUUGCGGAAAAACGCGCAAGUGGGGCGGUCGGUGUUCAAUUAUUGUAUACAUGUGUAUCUCGCGUUUUUAUUCUAAUUUUUAACCAUGACUUUUGCCUAUGUGAUAAGUUUUUAUUAUUGUGUAUGCGAAUAUUCGGGAUGCGAAGCAAUAUUGAGUGUUUUACAAACGAGAUAAUAGCGGCGAGCACCCUCAGCGUUUUUAGCAGUGAAUGUGUCCGCUUUGUUUCAUUCGUAGCUCGUCGCACUUUGUACCUUUUUUACUCUUUUUACGUUUUGAACAAAAAUGAUCAUGCUAUUAAAAAAUUUCUUAACAUCGGACUAAUGCAAAAAUUGUGCAAAAAUAUUUCAGAUAAACGGAUGUUCCGAGAUGAUUACGCAAGCGGCACGCGAGACGCGCGGAAAACGUGAUCGCGCGCUCUUCGAGGCCUCCGACUGGCAGACCGCAGUGGUAAAACCACCUGCACACACGCGUUCAAGCUACCGACGAGGAAGCGUCUGCUCGAGGGUCGUCUGGGCGUAGUCGGGCCGUCGUCCAAAGCUCGUCGCGCGAAAGAAGCGCUAAUAGAGGACGAAAUUAAGACUCUAUUUUUAGCAAGCGAAAAACUGACGCGAGUUGUCGGCGUCGCCGCCGAAAUCGUGUAUAUUGUAAUGAUUUGACAGGGAAAAAUCACGUAAGAAAAAGUUUUGGCAGGAUUCACGGAUAUUUGAAGACAACAAUAAGUCGACGCGAAAUUUCACGGUUGGCCAAUUAAUUAUCUGUUGGCAAACUAUAUUUUGAUGUAUCAAAUCGCGUUUGCUUUUCUAUUUCAGAGAUGCAUGAAAAGUUGGAAAAUGCGACCAGUUGUUAAAAAUGACGGGUGCUCGCAACUAUCGUUGGCUCACUCUAGACUACAUAGAGACUAACUUGUACAUAGUCGUUUACGCGAGAGAAGUUAAUAAUUAUACAAAUAUAAAGGCAUAAGUACGCGCAUUGUUCAUUUGGAUCCAGCGAAACGAAAAAACAACGUCCUUGUUUAUCUAUCUGUCUAUCUAAAUCCUUUGACUUUCAACCUUCUUUCUUCUGAGACACAGACUUCGCGAACGAUCCGCUGCGCACGACAACCUCUGGCAUUCGCUCUUGCAAGUGUCAGACCGACGUUAAAUCACUCGUGAAACGAGGCUCUCGCAGCUUACGUUUCCUCUCCCCGGUGCCAUAAUCUCUCGCACUUUUCGAAAAUCGCGACCUCGCAGUCGCACAAUACUCUCUUGGAAUGUCGCUAUGGAUACGUGUAGAACCCGGUACACAGAUCUUAGACUUUUACUAUACAGACCAGCUGCUACAAAACGUCAUUCCAGUACACAGCGCGAUCUCUCGUCUUUUCCGUGAUACGCAUUCAAAGCGUCUUUUUUUCUAUUAUCCGCGAUGUGCAAAUUGUAAGGAUGUAACACUUUUUACACUCCAUGCAGAGCACGACGGUCUUCCUCUAGUCCGUCUGUCUCUAGUUAAUCCUCGCGUCUCUUUUUUCGCUAAUGCUCUCUCUUAUACAGAGAAACCUUCUUGCUUCAACUUCUACUCUUGAUUCUCGACAUUCACACGCACGCCCCUGCUUUUUCGAGUCGCUCGAUUCUAAUUUUGUAUCUCUGCGUAGACUGCAAACUGCCUCGACGAAGCAAUAUAUAGAUAUAUAUUAUAUACCCUGUGGACACACACGCUGCACUUCCGCAGAAUUCUUAGUUACAAAACGUUGAAAAAAAUAACGAAACCCUGUGCAAAUGGCAAACAGUUAAAAAUAUAUAUUUUAAAUAAUAUUAAUAUAUAUAUAUAUUAAUAUAUAUAUAUAUUAAUUAUAAAUGUAUAAAUAUUAGAUAUCCGAGACAGUGCAAAUAUUUUCUUGUACGCAAAAGACCGUAGUAGUACUCUUACUUGAGAGUAGUAGUGAUAAAACUCUUAGCGCUUUAUGUAAGUUUUUAUUAUUAUUGUAAAGUUGUCUGCUAGCUUCCUCUAUUAUAUUACUUCCUACUACCCUUAGCCGCCCCCAACCACCAGACACUUUUAUUUGCUAUUGUGUUGAUUGUACGUAUUAUUUAAAUACAGCUAUUAUGUAUACAUAGAGAGAUUUUAAAGAAUUCAUAUGAUAAACAAAAUUAUUAAUUAAUGAACUGGUAUACCGAGGUAUUGUGUCCGUUACGUUGGCAUUGUGUUUUGCAGACGCGUUGUACGAUGAUAUUAUAUUAUUAAAUAUUGAUUAUAAGAUUAUGUUUAUUAUCAUUAUUACCGAUAUUAUUAUUAUUUUUAAUUUCACUAUAGUUAUGAUUACGAUUACUAUCAAUACUUAUAUUUUUAAUGUCAUGAACUUUUUUGGCUGCUCGCGAGCAACGAUUAGUAUGAAUUUUUCAUCGGUACUUUGCGUUUCCACUCUUUUCCUCCGAUUUACCAUUUGACUUUUGUGUAAUAACGACGAUGCUCGGCGUUUCGAAGAAAUACGUCACAUUCGUACAAUAGCAUACAAACUGACACGAAGGGAGGAGGAUAAGGAGAAGAAAUGAAACGAUUGGGCGUUGAGAAUCUCUGUACUUUUUAUUUGGAUUCUGCACCGUACACGUACCGAAAGCUAAAAUAUGAAUGAAAAAAAGCACACAUCGGCAGUUAUGAUUUUAUCUGUAGCUAUAUUAUUAUUAUUAUUAUCUCUAUCCUUGGCAGAAGAAAAAAGAAAGAAAUAAAUUAUUGUUUGUACUUUUG